GGUCCAGGAAGAGACCGGAAGGCCUGUUGCUACCUACAAGGAUCUGGACUGCGCGGAGCUGGUUCUGGAUGUUUCUCCCAAGACGCAGAGAGUCAUCCUAAAGAAAAAGGAACCUGGGAAACGCUCUCAGCUGUGGAGAAUGACAGGGACCGGCAUGCUGUGCCACGAAGGCUCGGCCGUCCCCCGUCCCCCGAAUAAACCUUCCCCGCCUCGCUCGGCCGAGUCCUCCAUGAUUCUGGACAUCGCUGGGUUGGCCGCUGUGACGGACAACAGAUACGAGCCCCUGAUGCUGAGGAAACCAGACCGGCGGAGAAGCACGACUCAAACCUGGAGCUUCCGAGAUGGGAAACUUCUGUGCGGCCUGCAGGGACUCGCGGUGCAGGCCAAAGGAGGCAGAGCCGGGCUUCGGGACGGGGCGGAAGUAGUUCUCGGACCUGACACCUCCCUUGAACAGUUGAGUCCGGUCCCGUCAGAGCAGCGAUUCAUCAACCAGAAGAUGCGGCCUGGUUCUGGAGCCCUGGCGGUCCAGGUUAUUCCGGAUGGCCCGACCAGAGUGCUCCAGAUCACCGAUUUCAACCAGCGCCGGAAUGAGCGUCUCUCGUACGAAGGAGAGGAGUUGGACCAGGACCUGUGGAAAUUGAAAAACCCAGACCUGGAACAAGAGUUGGAAGUCCAGCUGAAAUUAGAAGGAGGGAUCGGCUUGUCUUUGGUCAACAAGGCCCCCGAGGAGCUGAUCUUUGCGAGUUUCGUGGGCAUCACCGUCCACUUCACCCAGCUGUCGGCCAGUCAGGUGCUGGAACUGAGCAUACAGGACGUGCAGGUAAGUGAAAGGACAG